UAAUAAAUGAUGAAAAAUGGAACAUUUCGAAUCAAAUCAACAGCAACAACAAUGUCCAACAAGCACCAACAACAACAAAAUCAAAAAUGUUGAAAAAAUUUCCAAAUUUUUUAACCACCAAUAAUGAUAGUGGAAUGUUUUCAUCGUCGUCAUCUUCAUCAUCAUUAUCAUUAAAUUCGUUUGGUAAUAGUAAUAGCAAUGGUAGAAUUAGUCAACAAGAAGAUGAUUUUCUUGAAUUAUCAUCAUCACAACAAUCGAUAGUAUCGAUUCGAAAACAAUCUGUAUUUCGAAUACCUGGUAGUUUAGAAUCGAUUAAUCUGGAUGAAGAUCAGGAUUCGGAUUCAGAUUUUCUGGAACCACCGAUAACAUCACCAUCGUCAUCAUCAUUAUCAUCAACAUCUUCCGAUCAAAUUGAAUUAUCAUGGACAUUAUCACCAUUAUAUGAACAAAAUAGACCAUCAAGUUUGAAUAGUUUAAAUUCAUUGGAUUCGGAUUUACAAACAUCAGAUUCAUUAUCAUCAUUUGCAAAUGAAACAUUUAUUCAAAGUUUACAAUAUCCAUGUUGGAAUGAUUUAUGUCUUUAUUCGAAUUUGAAUCGUUUAUUUAAUCAUAAUGGCGAUGAUUCUUGUUCUGGAAUGAGUAAAUCAUCAUUAUCAUUAUGUUCACGUUUUGUAAAUCGUUUUGGUAAUGAAUGUAUUGAUAUUUGUCGAUUUCCAUUAGUUUUACCUGUAUUUCAAGCUGAUUUAUUGGAACGACGAAAAUCCUUUAUUACAUGGAAACAAUUAAUACUAGAAGCUGAUGCUUGUUUAAGUAUAUGGGAAUUAUCAGCAUUAAAAAAUCUUUACCAUCGUUUUGAUAAUCAAACACAAACGAUUGGUGUUGUAUUGGGUAAACCAAUCGAUUGGAUUCAAAUUGAUCCAAAUUAUCAUCUUCGACAGAUAUGUCAACAACUCAAGAAUCAUACGGCAAUUAAACAAGAUAAACAUCAAGUUUUAAAACGAUGGUCAUCGUUGGAAGAUCUUUAUUUUGGUAAACAAAACAAUCAAACAGGAUCUAAUUAUAAAACGGAUGAUUCGAUCGAUACAAUCGAUUGUUCCAGAUCAAAUCGAUUAAAACAAUCGAAUAAUCGAAUAUUAUCAUUAUCAUCGACAAAAUUAAAUAAUCGAACGAAAAAAUUUCGAGAAACAAAAUCAAACAAAUCAUUUCGAUCAAAUACAACGUUUAAUAAAUUAUAUUCAUCAAUAAAAUCAUUGAAUAAUCGAUCAGAAAAAUAUUGUAAUAUUGUUUAUCGUGAAUUAUCAUCAUUAUUACAAUAUUCAUCCGCUGUUCAUUUUGCAUUAUAUGUAACGAAAUUUCAUCAAGAAUAUUUUCAUCAUCGUUUAUCGGUAAAUUUUUUCAACAUUUGUACUAAACUUAUUCUACCCAAACAAAAUACUAUUGUUGAUGAUAAUAAUGUUAUUGUCGAUUGUCUGUAUGAUUUAUUGAAAUUUGAUGAUAUUGUUGUUGAUGUUAUUCGUGAUCAUAUGUUUUGUACAAAAUCAAUCAAUAAUAAUAAUAAUGAUAAUGAUCGAAUACGAUUUCUAAUCAAUCUGAUUGAAUCAGCUUGUUUAUUACGUCAACUUCGAAAUUUUCAUGGCCUACAAUUAAUGAUCGGUGCUAUUCAAUCACCAAGAUUAUAUUUUGAUCAUCAAUAUUAUUGGCGUUUAUUACAACAAACAUAUCCAAUUCAUUAUCGUGAUUAUCAAUGUUUAUCAAUGUUUUGUCGACAAUUAUCAUGUUCGAAUUCAAUGUUAAGCUGUAUUAAUUUCACACAUCUACCGCCAAUACAUUCAAUUUUAAAUCGACUACGAUUAUCAUGUGCACAAGCAUGGAAUAUAUACGAUGCAAAUAUUCGUUUUACUAAUGGACCAUCAAUGGCCAAAUGGGUUGAAACACAAAUCAAUGAUGGAAAUCGAAAAAAAUCAACAAUAAAAAAAUCAAAUAAAUUACAAGUAAAUCUACAGAUUGAUUUUGCAAAGAAAACAUUUUUACAAAAAUGUUCAAAUGAUACAUCCAGAGUGAUAAAUUUCAAUGAUUAUCCACAACAUAUUGGUCAAAGACGUCGAUAUAUUGGUACAAUACCGGAUGGUCAUUUACGUUGGUUAAUUCAACCAAAAAUUUGGUCAACAUUUGUUGAAUAUGAAGCAAAUCAAUCAUUUAUCGAUUAUGAAUUACCGGAUAAAUUUUAUUGAUCAUUAUACAUUUCUUUAGGACAUUUUCUCUUUGUUUGUUUGUUUGUGUAUAACUUAUUGCAAUAUUUAAAUUAUUACAAAAAAUUAAAUAAAUUAUUUUGAAAGA